GUCAAUAUAUAAAUAAACAGGUCAUGGUUUUGUGAUAUACGGUAGCUACUUUUAAUUCCUUUUAUUAAACAUAACUUUAAGUUAUUAACUUAAGUCCGGCAAAUACACAGUUCGUUUGUACGGUUUCUUUCUAAGUUAAUUUGUUUGUGUUGUAGCGAACACGUUAGUGCAAAAUCAGUUGUCGGUCGCACGGUUUUAAUUUAGAUAUAUUUCAUCGGUUCAUUGUAUUCUGACUGUCGGAAUAGAUCUGGAAUUCUAGGCUAAGAUAAAAAUGUCUGAUGCAGUACAAGAUAUUUUGGUAGAAAUAUCCGAUGGUGACUUACCAAAACUUUUACAAAUGUACGAGAAGCACAAAGGUUGGGUGCCGCAUGUUUACAGUGUAAUAUUGACUGGUAUCGAAUGGAGAAAGAAAAAAAAGGAGAAGUACACUACAUUUUUGUCCCCUAAUAGCUGCUGGAAGGAAGACGGCACUUUUUUUGUAGUGUUAACACAUUACAGCUUUGAUUUAUUCUGCUUUUCCUUGGAUGGACAGUGGCAAGAAUAUUUAUGAAGGCAUCAAAGAAACAAAUAAAUUCGAAGCUGAUGAUUGUAAUGACAAAAUUCUGUUCCUAUAUGCAAUCCACAACAAAUUUUAUCCGAUUGUGGCAAAAGCUGUAAGGGAGAAAGGUAUAAACCUAAGUAUAGAUGAUCACUGUCACAUGUUUAGCAUUCCACAAGAAGAAGCUUUGAAAUUUGAAACAGAUUUCAGGUGCCCUCCAGAUGUAUACAUAAAACAAUUAGACAAAUCUUACGCAAAUUUUAUUAACUCAAUAUGGCCGCACCGUUACGAAGACUCUGAAAAAUUCAUAGAACUUUUAAUAGAGAUGAAUGACUCUUACGGAGUAUUUUUAAAAUCAACCAAUGAAUUGGUGUCUUGGAUACUUUUAUCCAUGUUGGGUCAACUAGGUGUGCUACAAACAGAGGACGAGCAUAAAAGGAAGGGAUAUGCAAGUUUAAUAACCAAAUAUAUGUCAAAACAACUAGCUCUAAAGGGUUACAAUGCAUUUGGAACAGUAAUAGAUACUAAUCACUCUUCUAUAAGCAUGUUCACAAAACUUGGCUUCAGGAGCUUAGGGAUAGCAAUGUACAGCCAUCAACAAAAAUAGUAUCGGGUGUUGAUAUGAUGUACUAACUAGAAAUAAAGUUUGAAAUGUUGGAUGUCUAAAAUGAAG